AUGUCCGCGUCAACGAUCCCAAUUGAUGGCCCCCUUCUGCCCCUGUACCACGAAGAGUUCUAUUUCGAUGACGGCAAUCUAACUUUGCUCGUGGAGGAUACAUUAUUCAGAGUGUUCCGUUCUUCGUUGACGAGACACUCCCCUAUAUGGAGGGAGCUCUUCGAGCUGCCUCAUCCCGCCGGAGAGCCCAUGGAGGGAUCUGGGGAUGAGCACCCCUUAGUUCUGUAUGGCAUCUCGAAAGUCGAUUUCGAGCGCCUGCUAUGGAUCCUAUAUCCUGCGGACUUCGGCGUCUGCAGAGCUCACACGCAAGACGAGUGGACGUCCGUUCUCGACCUGUCUACUCGAUGGGAAUGCGCAGACAUCCGCGCGCUCGCCAUCCGCGAGCUACAAAAGCUGCCUGUCAGCCCCGUGGACACAAUCAUUCUCUCGCGGAGGUUCGACAUAUCAGGACGGUGGACGCUCGCGGCGUAUGCCGCCCUCUGCCAGCGCCCAGAUGCGCUUUCCCUCGAGGAGGCCUCCCGUCUUGGGCUUGAGACCAUGGUGCGCGUCGCACAGCUGCGCGAGCAGAUCCAACGAGGGGCUCCGGGGCCGGUGCGGCCCAAGCAUCAUUACCAAACUCCUACCAGCGCCGCUGGUAACCGCCGAGUAGGCCUCGACCCUGUGUCAUCACACCCGCUUCGCAAGCCUCGCGAGCCCGGGCAGCCGCUGGACGCGCGGCCUGGCAAGCCGCCGUGUCAGACUCGAGGAGGAACGUACGGAGGCCUUCGACCAAAAUCGCGUCAGACGUCUAUCGGAUGGUCGCUGACAUAUUCGGCGCGGAUGGAGCUGUGCAGGCAUUGGCAGCCUAAGCAAAGCCUAAUGAUAUGUGCCCGUGCACCACCCCUAACUUAUGGUGUAAACAUAUGCGCAGAGCGCCCCUGA